UUUUUUUUUUUUUUUUUUUUUUUUUUUUUUUUUUUUUUGUUAUUACUUUGUCUUGUGUGAAAUCCAAAUACAAUAUAUCGUCAGAGAAUAAACAAUUGAUCGUGUCUAACCUUAAGCAAAAAGCAAAAAAAAGCUAGAGAGGCAAAAUAAAAGGAUAGAUAAGUUAAUUUAUAUCCGUGCGCUCAGCUGUGUUUAUUUGGAGCCAGCAACAUGGACCUAUUGUGUACCGAAAAUAUUAUGAACGAUUAUGAAAGUGAUUUACAACAGCAAAAGCAAACGUUAAUGAAAUGCCAUGAGACUACAACGUCAUCGCCACCUUCUCUUUACUCGAGCAGCUCUUCUUUGUCAUCAACGAAUUGCUGCACAUCCAGUGGCAGCAGUAAUUCAUCUUCCGGUUAUAAUUCAAGUGGCAGCAACAAUUGUAAUAGCAUCAAUGUCAAUGCUAAAAAUUUGCAUACGUCUGCCACUACCAUAACAGAAAAGAGCAUUUCACCAGUUAAUUAUCAAAAACAACAGCCAUCAUCUAGUUGCUAUACAACAACAACAACAACAACAACAACAGCGGCAACCGCGAAUAAUGUUUAUACUAAUAAUCUUAUUAAUCGUUCGUUGGAUUAUGUGAAUACGGCCACGGAGGAUCCAACAUUUCUUACUGAUCGUUGCCUCGAAAAUGCUCUUAAGGCUGAAGAGAAACGGCCACAACCAUUGUGUACAUAUUUUAAGACCGUGCAAAAAGAUAUAACGCCUCCUAUGCGUAAAAUUGUUGCUGAAUGGAUGAUGGAGGUAUGCGCCGAAGAGAAAUGCCAAGAGGAGGUUGUGCUAUUGGCUCUUAAUUAUAUGGAUCGUUUUUUGUCCACAAAAUCGGUGCGUAAAACGCAUUUACAAAUCUUGGCUGCCGCUUGUUUGCUGCUCGCAUCGAAAUUGCGUGAACCAAGUUGUCGAGCUCUGUCCGCGGAUCUUUUGGUUUUUUACACGGACAAUAGCAUUCAUAAAGCCGAUCUGAUAAAAUGGGAGUUAUUUGUUCUGAGUCGUUUAGGUUGGGAUUUGUCCUGUGUUACGCCUUUGGAUUUCUUGGAAUUGUUAUUGAUACGCCUGCCCAUUAGAAGUACGAAAUAUCCCGACUUGGAGGUGGAUAAAGUACGACAACAUGCCCAAGCCUUUAUAUCAUUAGCAGCCAAAGAGCAUAAUUUUUCCGUGUACACGGCCAGUACAAUAGCUGCUUCAAGUAUCGCUGCUGCUCUUAGUGGUUUAAAUUGGCAUCUACGUACCGGUCAAAAUUUACGUCAUUUAUUUAAUCUUCUCACCGAUUUAACUAGCGUUGAACAGGAUUAUCUACAUGAUUGCAUGAUAAAAAUGGAAUCGACUUUUGAGGAACACAGUCGUAACUUGCAGCCGUAUUUAGUGAGUGUUGAUACCCAAGGCCAGAAUUUAAAUCUUACAGCACAGCAUAUGGCGACAAGAUCGACCGCAACUAUUACUACCACACCAAAAACAGUCACAAUAAGAGCAACGAGCGCACAGUCGCAAAAGUAUCAUUAUCAGAAACAACAAACAUACCAGAAUAACAAUAUAUCUCAGCAAGCGUCAACAUCGCCUUCAUCCACUACGACGAUUCCUUCCCAACAGCAACAACAGCAACAGUCUCAACAACAUUACAAUCACUAUAAUCAAAAUCAUGCUGCGCAUCAUCAACAUCAUCAUCAUCAACAACAACAACAACAACAACAUAAUCAGCAGCAUCAUCAUCAUCAUCACCAUCAUCAUCAUCAUCAUUUUCAUCAAAAUAAUAACCAUCAUCAUCAUAUACCUUCUAGCCAGGGUCACAGUAUAAACGGCGGUGGCGGUGUUGUCGGCGGCAAUGUUCUUUUGCCCGAUUUAACGCAGACAUGUAAAAUGCAAGCGAACGCACAAAAAGAGGUGCAGGAUGUAAAAUUCUAAGUCGUAAUUGAUUAAGUUCUUAUUUUAUAUAUGAUAUAUAUACAUUUCGUAUGUAAAUUAUUUCCAUUUGGAACGUAAGAAACACGAAAAACGAAAAUGAAGUUAUAAUUAAAAAAAAAAAAAAAAAAAAAAAAAAAACUACCUAUAAUUUGUGAAAACAAAAAAACAAAAAAAAAUUAUUUUCGCUUACUUUUUACACAUCUGGUGCUUUUCAAUGUCUUUUCACUUCUUUAGUUUGUACAUUUUUAAAAACAGAAUUUCUUCGCUUUUUUUUCCUUUUUAAUAUAAGCAAAGACAAUAUUACAUAUAUUAUCUUUCUAGUUAUAAAUCGCAUGUGAAUUCAUUCAUAAGUAAAAAAAAAAAAAAAAACAAAAUUUCUAUAAAAUGGGAUGAUGUUACUGCUAAGCCUGUUAGUAAGUGACUAAUCCUUUUACGUUUAUACCCGCCACCGGCUAGCGUUUUCGUUCCACUUCUAACAUAAAUAAAUAUUAUGUGGAAUCUCUGAUGAACGUAUAUAUAGACGAUUGAAAAUGUGAGUCCUGGAUGUUUUUAUGACAAUGUCCGAUUUCGCUUUGUCUUCGCUCGCAUUUCCCCGGAAAA